AAUAAGCCAAAGCACCGCACACCCAAAAGGAUCGCCUUUGUGUCGGCAACGACCUUUUCACUCACAUUCUUGCAUCCAUCCCACCCGAUUUCUCCGCCCCCCGAAUAUUAUUAAAGUCUUAAUCAUCCAUUUGUUGCCUUAAUUUCUCAAUUUUGCUACUUAAGCCCCUGCUAAAUCCUCCACUAUUAACCUUUUUUUCUUUUUUUUUGGGAACUUUUGAAGUUUCUCCAUUAUUGCACUCUCAGACGAAAAAAAGAAAAAUAGUAGUAAUUCUUUCUCGUCCUCUGCAAUUCCAAUCUUACAGUAACUUCUCUCUCUCCGUGAAAUGGGCUUCAUUGUCGGACUCCUGAUUGGUCUCGUCGUCGGCCUUGGUAUUAUCGUACUCUUUGUUCGGUCCGAGAACUCCCGAUCCAAGCUUCGAAAUGAGCUCGCAAAGAUGGUGGCUGCUUUUGCAAGAAUGACAGUGGAAGAUUCUAGAAAGAUCUUGCCGGCACAAUUCUACCCUUCUUGGGUGGUGUUCUCGCAGCGCCAGAAGCUGAAUUGGCUUAAUCAGCAUCUUACGAAGAUCUGGCCUUACGUUGAUAAGGCAGCAUCUGAUCUGAUAAAGGCUUCGGUGGAGCCGGUGCUUGAACAAUAUAGGCCGAUUAUAUUGUCAUCACUAAAGUUUUCCAAGUUUACUCUUGGCACUGUUGCACCACAGUUUACGGGAGUGAGUAUUGUUGAAGAUGGAGCUGAUAGUGUUACAAUGGAGAUGGAAAUGCAGUGGGAUGCAAAUUCAAGUAUAAUACUUGAUAUCAAGACUUAUCUCGGUGUAUCACUACCUGUGCAGGUGAAAGAUAUUGGAUUCACUGGAGUUUUCAGGUUUAUAUUUAAGCCACUGGUGAAUGAGUUUCCUUGUUUUGGAGCUGUUUGUUUUUCUCUGAGAAAAAAGAAAAAGCUGGAUUUCACCCUGAAAGUUAUUGGUGGUGACAUAUCAACUAUUCCUGGACUUUCUGAUGCUAUUGAGAGCACAAUACGGGAUGCUAUUGAAGAUUCUAUCAUGUGGCCUGUCAGAAAAAUUAUUCCCAUUUUGCCUGGUGACUAUAGUGAUUUGGAGUUGAAGCCAGUUGGAAUGUUAGAGGUGAAGCUUGUCCAGGCACGUGACUUAACAAACAAAGAUAUCAUUGGAAAAUCGGAUCCCUAUGCUGUAUUACAUGUACGCCCUUUACCUAGCAGAACAAAAAAAAGUAAAACUAUUAACAAUGAGUUGAAUCCUAUUUGGAAUGAACACUAUGAGUUUAUCAUUGAGGAUGCAACAACUCAGCACUUGGUGGUAAAAAUUUAUGAUGAUGAAGGGGUUCAGGCAGCGGAGCUCAUUGGAUGUGCUCAAGUACAGCUAAAGGAACUUGAACCUGGUAAAGUGAAGGAUGUCUGGUUGAAUCUGGUUAAAGACUUGGAGAUCCAGAGAGAUACUAAGUACCGGGGACAGGUGCACUUGGAGCUCUUGUACUGUCCGUUUGGUACAGAGAACAGUUUUACAAACCCCUUUUCCUCUAACUUUUCAAUGACUUCUUUGGAGAAGGCUCUUAAAAGUGGAGUGAAUGGAACCGAAGUUAUUGAAAAUGAAAAAACAGUCACACAGAAGAAAAAGGAGGUUAUUAUUAGAGGAGUACUGUCUGUGUCUGUGAUAUCUGCUGAAGAUUUGCCUGUUGUAGAUUUAAUGGGGAAGGCUGAUCCCUAUGUUGUACUCACUAUGAAAAAAUCAGAGGCGAGAAACAAAACUAGGGUUGUGAAUGACAGCUUGAAUCCCGUUUGGAAUCAAACUUUUGACUUUGUUGUUGAGGAUGGAUUACAUGAUAUGCUUAUCCUUGAAGUCUGGGACCAUGACACUUUUGGGAAGGACUACAUGGGGAGGUGCAUUUUGACAUUGACUAGGGUUAUACUGGAAGGGGAAUACAAAGAUAGCCUCCAGCUAGAGGGAGCUAAAUCUGGAAAAUUGAAUCUGUACCUCAAGUGGAUGCCACAGCCGAUUUUCCGUGAUUCCUAAGUGAUCCAAAGGCAAGUUCUGAGUUCUAAUUGGAGAGAGCAAGGUCUGCAUAUUUGAGAUUGCAACUCCAGUCAAUGCCAAAGCCAGUUUAUUCUGAUUCCUGGGUUGGCCAUAUUCAGUAUCAUAGAAAGUGAAACAUAGCUCUGAGAGGAUGUUGUACCCACCCUGCCGAUACACUGGGUAAGGUAUUUAUGGGAGCUAACACUUAUAAACUGUGUACAUAAAUUAUUUAACGGCUCUAGGCUUUGUGUAAAGUUUUGAGUUUUGGGAUACUAUACCAAUCUUUACAUGAGAAACUGGGAUUUGCCCAAGGCUUUAGCAUGCA